ACAAGAAUUAAUAAAUGGGAAAUAAUGAUAGACGUGAUUUGGGCUUGAUUUAAGACUCGUGGCCGCAAGCAGCGGUCCUAAUUCUCUCUCCUAUCCUCCAUCUUGUCUACCUCUUCUCAGCCCCUCGCCCUUCUUUCCAUUCCCCCUUUCUCUUUUUCUUUUUCUUUUUCUCUUUUUCUUUUCUUUUCUUCUCUGAAAAAUAAAAGAGAGAGCGAGAGCGAGAGCGAGAGCGCUAAGUUAUAUCUAUAUAUCUAUAAAUAUAUAUUAUGAAUAAUAGGUUGUCGUCAGGAAAACGUUCAGGCAAUUCAAUGAAGAGGACGAUAAGCGUGACAGGGCAGUCCAUCCCAAUUAUAUCCAAUGGUUCUCCCUCUAGACUAAGCCCUUUGCCUGAAUUCCCAAAAGACAACUUUGUUUUUGAUGAAAAUUUCUUGUCCUUGUUGUCGCCAACAAGUGCAAAUUCUGGAAGGUUUCCUGUUGCUGAAACUGCUCCUUUCUUGCGCUUUUGUUGCCUUUGUAAUCGCCGCUUGGCCCCUGCUCGUGAUAUUUAUAUGUAUAGGGGGGAUACAGCGUUUUGCAGUGAAAAUUGCAGGGAAAAGCAGAUGAAGCUAGACGAAAGACAAAGACGAUUGAACAUGGUAGCUGCAAAGAAACAAGACCUCCAUUCAUCUUCAACCACCACGACCUCCACCACGGCGGCUCCUCCCUCAACCGAGACUGUCGUUGCUGCUUGAAAUUUCAACUUCAUUCAUUAUCAUCAAUUCAUGAUUCAGGUGGAGUAAUCUCAAAAUAUAUAUCAUUAAAAAAGCGAGGGGCAGAAUUCAAACCCACCUAACAAAACAAAACGUAUAUUUAUUUAUUUUUAAGUCACAAUGUUUGAAUUUAAUAAUAUAAUAUAUCUUCAUAAUUA